GUCGACCCUCCGGAGCACCGGAAGACACCGCAGAAGAAGAAAACCCAAACAAACCUCCUCACGUGGAGCUGUGGGCGGACUACAACUCAAGGAUUGAACUACAAAUUAAAACGGUUAUUUAUAAACAAAUAUGGAUGAAGAACACACGGCCGGGUACAGGGAGCCCUGUGCAGUGUGUUCGGCGGUGGAUUGGGGAGUUUCAGAUGAAGGUCGAUUCUACUGCAGAUCCUGUCACAACGUCAUCGAGAGAACCAGAGAGGUGGUGGACCCGAACUUCACGCCCGGCUCCGCCAGGGUCUCCACCAUCGGCAAAGGAACCAGAACCAAGAGAGCCGAGCGCGGCCGUCAGUGGGUGAUCUGUGAGGGGUUCCAGUUCAUCCUCAGGAACCAGUGCGACGCUCUGGUCAGACUGGGAGUCAGUCCCAGGUUUAAGGAUGAGGUGUUGUGUCAGCUGUGGAGGAUUUACCUGCAGAAGAGUCGUCAGGCGUUCACCAGCAACCCGAUGAGGACGACCAGGUUCAGAGUGCGAGGUCCUGACUCGGACUCGGACAGUGCAGCCGACGCGUCCGUCCUGACGGCCAGUGAGACGGACGGAGACACGAACCCUCCGAGCACCGCCGGCUCCAACGCAGGGAGCUCCAGUGAUUGGUCGCAGUGUUCCGGCUCUUUGGACGCCGCCAGCUACCUGACGGGUCGGCUGAGGAGGAGCCGGCACAGUCUGAUGAGCAUGAAGAAGACUUUGGCUCUGCUCCACCUCGCUCUGGUCUGGACCCGAGAGCCGCUGACGCUCAGCGACCUGCUCAGGUUGGUGAACGACGGUCACGUCCCGUACGUCAACGCCUACGAGGAACUCCCUGAUGAGAUGAAGCUGGAAGGCAAAGACGCUCUCAUCUUCAGAGUGGAGAGCGUCCCUCCCCACCGGGUGGUGCAUAGAGAUGCUCGGGCUCUCAUUCUGUUCCUGCAGCUUCCUGCUUUUCCUCCAAUCAGCCGUCAGAGUCUGCUGCACCCGUCUCUGCUCAGCCUGCGCUACCUGAUGGACGCUAACCUGCCCGACGAGCUCCACCCGUGGGUCUGCAGGCUGAUGGAGCGCUCUGGUUUUGCCGAUCAGAAGCUCCACACGUUUGACCGCCGGGUUUUUCCGUUCCUGCCGCGGUACGACGUUCAGACCGCCGCCCUCAUCAUCGUCACCAUGAAGCUCGUCUUCGGCCUGGACGACCACAGCGAAUGGGAUUUAUCCAACGAGGCAGGUGAGCAGGACGACACAGGAAACCUGUUCAGCCUGAGGAGGUGGUUCAGAGUCGUGCAGGCCGCUCUGAUCAGAGCUCAGCAGAGGAGAGACCACGAGGUGGCCCGGAAACAGUGGGCGGCUCAGAAACCUCUUUACUCCAACAGCAAGAAGAAGAGCGUCGUCCUCAAGAGAAAACGAGUAGCAGAUCAGGUGCAGAUCUGUUUUGAGAAGCUUUCCUCUUGUCCGGCGGGCGUGGAGCGAGUCGACCCGUCCAGCUUCCGGUUCCGUUGGGGGGACGAGGACUCGGCCGAUGGACCCGGUCUGACCCAGAAGAAGCUGGACGGAGUUCUGACCCUGAAGGACGGCGUCCCGACUCCCUCCAACUCCACCUACUGGCACCAAGCCCUCCGAGCCUCGCAGAUGAGCUCCCGGCUCUACUCGGAGGUGGAGGCGGAUCUGCCCCGGACCUUCGUCUGGCUGCUGCAGCUCUUCUGCUUCCUGCUGGACGUGAAGCCGGCGUACCUGUACGAGGAGGUGCUGCAGGUGGAGACACGGGUCAUCGAUGGCGGCAGCCACGGGAGGAGGAAGAGGAGGACCGAGACCCGGCCCAGGACCAGGACCAGGACCAGAGCUCGGAGAGGACGCGAAGCUGGAGAACCAAGAUGAAGAAAAAACAAUGAAGUAAACUCUGUCUGUUCAGGGUUAACUGAGUUUUAACUGAAGCUGUGUGAACGUUUCUACAUUCUAAUCCUGUUUAUUUGGAUUAAAAUGUUAUUUGUCUCUUUUUUAUGACCAUAAAACAUAAUAUUUUUUAAGACUGUUACAUAAAUCAACGCUGUGUCACUUUAAAACUGUCCUGCUCUCUGAUUGGCUGUCGCUUCACAUUAGGGCUUUCCUAUCAAAGUUAAAAUGUUUAUUUUGUUCUUGUUUGUUUUGUUUUUUUACCAAUAAAAUGUGACGGAUUGAACUCACCUGAUCAUUAA